AUGCAUCGGCCAAGCGUGGCUCGUCGUUUGUCCAUGUCAGUGACAGUCAUUGACUAUCCAUGGACGAAAACAAAAGAAGACGUUGCAGCCUUCUAUAAUGUUGAAGAGAGUAAAGGUCUCUCUGAAGAACGAGUUAAACGUGAUCUUGAAAGAUAUGGACCUAAUGAACUCCCAGCCGAAGAAGGCAAACCACUAUGGAAACUUAUCUUAGAACAGUUCGACGAUCUUCUAGUCAAAAUUCUACUUGCUGCUGCUUGUAUUUCAUUUGUAUUAGCUUUAUUUGAAGAACAUAAAGAAGACGAUAAUCUGAUAACAGCUUUUGUAGAGCCACUUGUCAUUCUUCUUAUUCUUAUUGCCAAUGCAGCUGUUGGAGUUUGGCAAGAACGUAAUGCAGAAAGUGCUAUUGAAGCAUUAAAAGAAUAUGAACCUGAAAUAGCUAAAGUUGUACGACAAAAUCGACCAGGACAAAUUCAACAAAUCAAAGCUCGUGAUCUUGUACCUGGUGAUAUUGUUGAAGUAGCUGUUGGAGAUAAAGUACCAGCUGAUAUUCGUAUAACAACAAUUUAUUCAACAACACUUCGUGUUGAUCAAUCAUUAUUAACUGGUGAAAGUGUAUCAGUUAUUAAACAUACUGAUCCAGUAUCGGAUUCACGUGCUGUUAACCAAGAUAAAAAGAAUAUUUUAUUUUCUGGAACAAAUAUAGCAACAGGAAAAUGUCGAGGUGUUGUUAUUGGAACUGGUUUGAAUACAGAAAUAGGUAAAAUUCGAUCGGAAAUGGCUGAAGCAGAAGAAGAAAAAACACCAUUACAACAAAAAUUAGAUGAAUUUAGUGAACAAUUAUCAAAAGUUAUUUCAAUUAUUUGUGUGGCUGUAUGGGCUAUUAAUAUCGGUCAUUUCAAUGAUCCUGUUCAUGGUGGCUCAUGGCUUCGUGGUGCUAUUUAUUAUUUUAAGAUUGCAGUUGCUCUUGCUGUUGCUGCAAUUCCUGAGGGUUUGCCAGCUGUUAUCACAACUUGUCUUGCAUUAGGAACACGUCGAAUGGCAAAAAAGAAUGCUAUUGUUCGUUCACUACCAUCUGUUGAAACACUUGGUUGUACAUCAGUUAUUUGUUCGGAUAAAACAGGAACAUUAACAACCAAUCAAAUGUCUGUUUGCUGUAUAUUUAUAUUUAACAAAACCGCUAUAAAUGAUGUAAAAAUCGAACAAUUCGAAGUAACUGGUUCAACUUAUGAACCUAAAGGAGAUAUUCUUUUCGAUGGUAUGAAAUUUAACUGUUCGGAUCGUAGUGGUUUAGUUGAAUUAGCUGAAUGUGCAGCAUUAUGUAAUGAUUCAUCAUUAGAUUAUAAUGAAACAAAAAAAGCUUUUGAAAAAGUUGGUGAAGCAACUGAAACAGCAUUGACUGUUCUUGUUGAAAAAAUGAAUGUAUUCGAUACAGAUAAAUCUCAUCUAUCAUUACAUGAAUUAGCUAUGGCAUCAAAUACAAUUAUUCGACAAAAAUAUCGUAAAGAAUUUACAUUAGAAUUUUCACGUGAUCGAAAAUCAAUGUCAAGUUAUGUUACAACAGCAACAAAAAGUUCAAGUGGUAGUAAUGAAUCAGCAGCCAAAAUGUUUGUUAAAGGUGCACCUGAAUCUGUUAUUGAUCGAUGUACACAUAUUCGAUGUGGAACACAAAAAGUACCCAUGACACCACAAAUUAAACAAGAAAUAUUGCAUUUAGUUCAUCAGUAUGGUGCUGGUCGUGAUACAUUACGUUGUUUAGCAUUAGGUACUGUUGAUAAUCCACCACGAAAAGAAGAUAUGAAUUUAGAAGAUUCGAGAGAAUUUGUUAAGUAUGAAACUAAUAUAACAUUUGUUGGUGUUGUUGGUAUGCUUGAUCCACCACGUGCUGAAGUUCAUGAAGCCAUCAGCCGAUGUCGUAAUGCUGGUAUUCGUGUUAUUAUGAUAACUGGUGAUAAUAAAAAUACAGCUGAAGCUAUUUGUCGUCGUAUUGGUAUUUUUAAUGAAUUAGAAGAUACACAAGGUAAAGCAUUUAGUGGUCGUGAAUUUGAUGAUCUUUCACCAGAAGAACAAUCAGAAGCUUGUCGUCAAGCAAAAAUGUUUGCUCGUGUUGACCCAGCACAUAAAUCAAAGAUUGUUGAAUAUUUACAAUCACAUGGCGAAAUAACAGCAAUGACAGGUGAUGGUGUUAAUGAUGCACCUGCUUUGAAAAAAGCAGAAAUUGGUAUUGCAAUGGGUUCUGGCACAGCUGUUGCUAAAUCAGCAUCAGAAAUGGUUUUAGCUGAUGAUAAUUUUUCAACCAUUGUUGCUGCUGUUGAAGAAGGUCGAGCUAUUUAUAAUAAUAUGAAACAAUUUAUUCGUUAUUUGAUAUCAUCAAAUAUUGGCGAAGUAAAGAUAAUUAUCUAGACGAAAAGAAGAAAAAA